ACUCCUUCAGCGUCACAGAGAGAGAGAGAGAGAGAGAGAGAGAGAUCUGGGCAAGCUGAAAGCCAAUUAGUAAACAAUAUAAUGGGGGAAGAAACCAUUAGAGAUGAGAAUGGAGCUUUGGACUCUGCACACGCUGCAGUAUUUAAGAAAUCAGAGAGCCUUGAGGGGUGCAUGAAAAUUGAGGGCUAUGAUUUCAACAAUGGCGUUCACUAUCCUCAGUUACUCAACUCCCUGCUCUCAACUGGCUUCCAAGCAUCCAACCUCGGCAAAGCCAUCCAAAUUGUUAAUGAAAUGCUUGAUUGGAGGCUUUCCCAUGAACCCACAAAGGAAGACUGCAAUACUAAAGAGAAAGAUCCUGCUUAUAGAGACUCAGUGACUACCAAAAUCUUCUUAGGCUUCACAUCCAAUCUUGUUUCUUCUGGUGUUCGAGAAACGAUUCGCUAUCUCCUUCAGCACCGCAUGGUUGAUGUAGUGGUGACAACAGCCGGUGGUAUAGAGGAGGAUCUCAUAAAAUGUCUUGCGCCAACUUAUAAAGGUGAUUUUUCGUUACAAGGUUCUAUGCUACGCUCAAAGGGGUUGAACCGCAUUGGUAACUUGUUGGUUCCAAAUGACAAUUACUGCAAAUUUGAAAACUGGAUCAUUCCCAUUUUUGACCAAAUGUAUGAAGAGCAAACUAAACAGAAUGUAUUAUGGACACCAUCUAAAGUUAUUGCUCGCCUUGGGAAAGAGAUCAAUGAUGAGAGCUCAUAUUUAUACUGGGCAUACAAGAACGGAAUUCCUGUCUUCUGUCCUAGUUUAACUGAUGGCUCUAUAGGAGACAUGCUAUACUUCCAUUCUUUCAAAAAGGAAGUUGCAGAUAAUUCAGACCAUCAUCCUGGUCUAAUCAUUGACAUUGUAGGAGAUGUCAGGGCUAUGGAUGGUGAGGCUGUUCAUGCCGGUUCUAGGAAGACCGGAGCGAUUAUCCUUGGUGGAGGGCUGCCUAAACAUCAUAUCUGUAACGCGAAUAUGAUGCGCAAUGGUUUAGAUUUUGCGGUCUACAUCAACACUGCCCAGGAGUUCGAUGGAAGCGAUUCUGGUGCCCGCCCUGAUGAAGCUGUGUCGUGGGGAAAAAUACGCAAUGUAGCCAAAGCUGUGAAGGUACACUGUGAUGCAACCAUUGCUUUCCCCCUUUUGGUAGCAGAGACAUUUGCAACUAAAGCUAAAAAAAAAUUCAAUGACAAUCACUAAGUGACAGUGUGGUCGUGUUCUUGCCUACAUUCGGUUGGACUUCAGUGGUUUGCAUAGCGGGUCAUAAGCGUCGAGCAUAAAUAUAUAGAAAUAAUAUAUGCUCAGUCUUACUAUCAGUUUAAAUUUUUCUCUUGAGACGAAAUAAAUCCUUUAGUUAUAGGUGUGUGCAGAUUUGAUGGGAAUUCAGUGUUGCUUAGGAACUGUGUUUCCUAAAUUUGUCAUUUCUCAAGGAAACACUUGCCCAUAUAUGUUGUGUAACUAUUGUUUGCUUGUCAUUUCUCAAAGAAACAUUUGCCCAAAUAUGUUGUGUAACUAUUGUUUAGAAAUGGCCACUUCCCCUUCUUCAGGAAA